AUGGCACGGGCAUGGCCAUUCGCUGCCUUGUGGCGGCAGGCAGUUGGGUAUGCAUUUGCUAUCGCGCUGGUUUUAGAGCGCUUUCCGACAUGCACCCAAGCAGUCGCUUUGAGAACAGAGGCACAGAUGAUGGGCAACAAUCCUGUGAAGAAGAUCAUUGACAUGCUGGAAACGAUGCGAAACAAGGUGCAGGAGGAGGGUGAGGAAAAGUCCAAGGUUUUUGAGAAGUACAUGUGCUAUUGCAAGUCCAGCGCAGCGAAGUUAAAUUCGGAGCUUGAUCAGGCCGCAACAGGUUUACCCCAACUCCGGUCCCGAGUUCGGGAGGUCAUCGCUUUGCAAGCAACAUUGGAAUCCGAAGUGUCGCAGCACAAGAAGGAUCGGGACGAAGCCAACAAUGCGAUGGCCAGUGCAUCCGCCCUGCGCAAGAAGGAGUCGGAGGCGUAUCUGAAGGAGUCUACAAGUGAGAAGCAGACGUUAGAUUCAGUCACAGAGGCCAUCAAGGCACUGGAGAAGGGCCAGGGCCAGUCUUUCCUCCAGACCCAGCAGGCUUUGGCAUUGCAAAGGUUAUCCAUGUCAGCUGACAUGACAACUGAGCACCGGGACUUAUUAUCUGCUUUCCUAGCAGGUGAGCAGCAGCCUUCCAGCAGCCGCAUUGUGGGCAUGCUCAAGCAGAUGAAGGAGGAGAUUGCCAACGAUGUCAGUGAGUUGGUGGAGAUGGAAAAGCAACGGCUGGCAGAGCAUGAGAGCCUGCUAGAAGCCAAGCAAAAAGAAGGCGAGGCAGCGAUGAAAGCUAUGGAAGAAAAGAUGUUGCGACUCGGUGAGCUCAAAGUCGAAGCUCAGAUGGUGAAAGAUGACAUCCAGGAGAAGGUGGAUGGUCAAAAGGAGAGCUCAGAUUUCUUCCUUGAUUUGAACCAGACCUGCGAAGCGAAGCAACAGGCUUGGAAUGCCUACCAAGCCUCUCAAGCAGAGGAGAUCCAGGCUUUAACAGAAACCGUGGAGUUCUUGGAGGAGAACGAUGUACAGCAUGCGGUACGCGGUGCAUUGACAAGUUCCUCCCUGGUGCAGAAGUUGAAGACCCGUCCAGCGCCUGCCUUCUCUUGGCCCGAUUCCGGCUUUUAUGCAGGGGGUCGGCUCAGCCUCCUGCAGCUCAGUGCUGGAAGUGCACGCGAUCAGGCCUCUUAUGGACGGACAGCAGACUAUGCCUAUGCCGAGAUGGGUUUGCGUGGGGAUCGGCCAAGCUUGGAAGUUGCCAUUAACAAGAUUGUGGAUCUUCAUGGUGUUCUUGAUAAGGAGCAGGCAUCUGACGAGGACCGCAAGAAAUACUGUGAAAAGAAGCUACGUCAGGCCGACUUGGCCCAGCAGAGCAAAGAACGCGAAAUCCAGGAUGCGGCGAGCAUCAUGGCAACUUACGAGAACGAGCUGAGCACCGUGGUCGACGAGAUUAAAGAUAUGGACAAAGGCAUGAAGGAGCUUGAUGCACAAGUGACAGAAGUUACAAACACGCGCAAGAGCGAGCACGAGGCAUUUGUCAAAGCACGGGAUACAAACAAUGAAGCCCUUGAACUCCUGGAUGUGGCAGCACAGCGCAUCGAGCGGUUCUAUUCACGCAGUUUCGUUCAGGUGCAGCACAACACAACAUACGGGGCUUCGAGGCUGGCAAGUUCCAAGGCUGUCCCAGAGGCCGACCUGACAUAUCGCAAGCAAGGCGAGUCCUCGACUCGGCUCGUCAUGCUUUUCAGCCGCAUCAAGGCAGACAUCCAGAAGCAGACUGAGACCUUGGAGUCAGAUGACAAGGUUGGACAGGCGGAGUAUGAGAACAUCGUCAAGAACUCCAAUCAGAAAAAGCUGAUCAGCAACAAGAGCUUGGGGAGCAAGCAGGCGGCCAAAGCAGAGCUUCAGGUCACACUCCAACGAAGUCGUGAGGAGUUGCGAUCACAGAAACAGGCACUUCUUGCCGUGGAGGAGGAGAUCCGAGGUCUACAUGCUGAAUGCGAUUUCCUGUUAAAGAAUUUCGACAUGCGACAGGAUGCCCGGCAAUCUGAGCACCGCUCUCUCACUCGUGCUAAAGCUACGCUUGAAGCAGCAAGUGAGAGCUGA